AUGGCUGGAUCCAUCGCCCUCAACACGCGAGACACUAUCAUUGAAAUCCGGGUGCGCCAACCCGACGCUCUCCCGCCACCUACCAGCACUACUACUUCUACUACUCCUCGCAUUGAGGAGGUGGAGGAAGAGUCGAUUGAACCGCAUCAAGUUCCUGGGGAAUGGCCCGAUGUUCCCGUUCCUGUUGCCAGACCCCGGGAAGGACUGGAACGCAACGCCAGCCGACGCAGCCGUACCAGGCGGCUCAGCCAGCGUCUCAGUGUCUCCAGCGAUAUCUUCCACGAUGCGAUUGAGGCCCAGGGCUAUGGCGCAGCAGGCGCAGGAUCCAAGCGUCUGAGUGGGAUAUACCGUCACUCCAUCAUUGAGGACUCAGUUGAAGCCCUGGGUCUUACAGAACCGACCGAGCAACUGAAGGUCGAAGAGCAGGAGGAACCACCCACCAAGACCAAAUACGGACCCCGAAUCUGGGCCAUCAUGGUGGCACUGUGUGUGACGAAUCUGCUGGUUGCGUUGGAAGGAACAGUCAUCUCGACGGCGCUGCCGACCAUUGUGGAGGACCUGGGCGGCGGCGAAGCGUAUGUCUGGGCUUCGACUGGAUAUUUCCUCACCAAUACCGUCUUUCAACCGCUGUAUGGGCAGAUGGCCGACAUCUUUGGCCGGCGAUGGCUGAUCAUCUUCGCGGUAGCCAUGUUUGUGCUGGGCAGCGGCAUCAGCGGCGGCGCACCGAGCAUGAACGCCCUCAUUGCCGGUCGCAUCAUCCAGGGCAUCGGAGGUGGUGGUAUUACACUGUUGGUGAACCUGAUUGUGUGUGAUCUGGUGCCCUUGCGCGAACGUGGUCGUCUUAUGGCCAUUGUUUUCGCGGCCGUCUCCGUUGGCACCUCGCUGGGCCCCAUCGUCGGAGGACUGAUCGUGCAACAAACCACCUGGCGCUGGGUCUUCUAUCUCAACCUGCCAGUCGGAGGUAUUUCCAUGGUAUUGUUGUUUGUCUUCCUGCAAGUUGGUCAUCGCAGCGAAGAAACCUCUAUCAAGCGCCGCCUGAAGCAAAUCGACUAUGGCGGCAACCUCAUCUUCAUCCUGGCCAUCUCAUUCAUUCUGGUCGCUCUGGCGUAUGGUGGCACACUGUGGCCGUGGAAGUCAUACUCGGCUAUUAUCUCGCUGGUCUUUGGUUUCUAUGGAGUCGUUGUGUUUAUCUUCUACGAACAGAGCAACUUCUGUCGACAGCCCACGCUGCCCAUGCGUCUCUUCACGCGCCGCACCUCAGCCACCGCCUUCACCAUCACCUUCAUCCAGUCCAUGCUCACCCUGCUCGUCAUCUACUUUCUUCCGGUCUACUUCCAGGCCGUGCUUCUGGCCUCUCCCAUUCGGUCAGGUGUGAUGAUGCUCCCAACAGUACUGGUGUUGGUACCAGCCUCGGUAGUCAGCGGCGCCCUGCUAUCCAAAUUUGGUCGCUACAAGCCCUUCCACUUUAUCGGGUUCGCGCUCUUCACCCUGGGCUUUGGCUGUUUUAUCACGCUGGAUGAAAACUCACCAGAUGUUGCCUGGAUCAUGGUGCAGAUCGUCGUGGCCCUGGGAUCGGGCUCAUCUCUGAGCACACUUCUACCCGCUGUGCAAGCCGAGUUUUCGGAUCAGGACACCGCGGCUGCUACAGCGGCAUGGGCCUUUGUGCGCCAGUUUGGUGUGGUCUGGGGUGUAUCGGUGCCGUCGGCAAUUUUUAAUGCGCAGGUGCAACACGAUCUGUCGCGGGUCAGCAGUGACAGUGUCCAGAAGACGCUCAGUGGUGGAGCAGCCUACGAGCAUGGUACUAAAGACUACGUCAACUCGCUUAGUGGGGAUGUGCGAAAGCAGGUCAUUGGAUUGUACGCAGACAGCUUACAGAUAGUGUGGAUUUUCGCGACUGUAAUCGCAGGAGUUGGAUUUUUUGAAAUUACGCUGCGGACGAAGCUGGACACCAAGUAUGGAUUGAAGGAGGAGAAAACGGCGGACUCAUCUAAUGCAUAA